UUUAGUGACACUGGAACUAAACCUCCUGAGAGUGGUGUCUUUGGUUUUAUGAUUAAUAUCUCAGCACUUUUAGGUGUAAUUACAAUGUACAUCAGAUAUUUAUUAAUAGAGAAGCAAAAUGAGUCAUCAUACUUUAUUGGGUCUUCGUGCAACAUGUUUUCGUUAUGUGUUGGAUUGAUGGGCUGUAUUGGAAUGGGCAUAGUUGCAAAUUUUCAGGAGCUGUCUGUUCCCAGUGUCCAUGACAUAGGAGCAUUGGUGGCAUUUGGCUCGGGUGUUGUAUACAUUACACUUCAGUCUAUAAUCUCUUACAAGUCUUGUCCACAAUGGAACACGUACUUUGUGUGUCACAUAAGGAUGGCCAUAUCUGUAAUAUCAUGCAUUGCUUUCAUUCCCAUGAUUGUGUUUGCUUUGCAAAUUUCAAUGACAAAAAUUGAUUGGACUCCAGAUGAAAAGGAUUAUACUUACCAUUUGAUGAGUGCGAUCUGUGAAUGGACAGUAGCCUUUGGUUUUAUCUUCUUCUUUUUAACGUUCAUUAGAGAUUUUCAGAGAGUUUCUUUAAGGAUAUCAACAGAAAUACAUGAAGACUCCUGAUAGUGGAGAAAAUUAUAUUUUUAUAUAUACGAAUACUCUAGGUUUCUUUUCACUUA